AUGAAGGACUUGGGCAAACUUAAAUACUUUCUUGGCUUGGAAGUGGCUCGUGAACCUGAAGGGAUGUUUGUUUCUCAAAGGAAGUACGCAUUGGACACCAUUGCAGAGUGUGGACUUCUCGGAGCCAAGCCAUCUCCGGUCCCGACGGAGCAGAAUCAAAAACUUGCCCUUGCCAAAGGACCACUACUCACUGAUCCCGGCAAGUACAGAAGACUAGUCAGGCGGUUGAUCUACUUGACAUUCACCAGGCCUGAGCUGAACUACAUUGUUCAUCUUCUCUCUCAAUUCAUGCAGAAACCACUUGAAGAACAUUGGGUAGCAGCCUUGUGUGUGGUCCGGUAUUUAAAAGGCUGUCCAGAUCAGGGAAUCAUGCUCUCAUCUAGGGCUGACUUAACCCUUACGGCAUACUGCGAUUCUGAUUGGUCUGCUUGCCCGUUGACCAGACGAUCCAUGUCGGCAUAUAUCGUUCAGCUCGGUGAUUCAUUGGUAUCAUGGAAGACUAAAAAGCAGAAAACUGUCUCUCGUUCUUCCGCGGAGGCGGAGUACCGAUCAAUGGCGGAUGCUACAUGUGAGCUAAAAUGGCUUGAGCGACUUCUUCAACAUUUUGGCUUCUCACAUCAAAAACCUAUGCGCCUGUUUUGUGACAGUCAAUCUGCUUUACGCAUUGCCAAGAAUCCGGUGUUUCAUGAACGCACCAAACAUGUGGAGAAUGAUUGUCACACGGUGCGUGAUGCGGUUCAAUCCAAGCUAAUUACAACUGAGCAUAUUUCUACAAAGCAUCAACCUGCGGACUUACUCACCAAGGCUUUACCAGCUCCACAAUUUAAAUUUCUACUGUCCAAGUUGGGCAUACAACAAAUGUUCUUGCCAACUUGA